AUGCUGGAUCACCGAGGCAGGAUGGAGAGCAGCAGGAAGGAGAAGGUGGAGCAGAUCCUGUCGGAGUUCCGUCUGAAGGAGGAGGACCUGAAGAAGGUGAUGUACCGCAUGCAGAAGGAGAUGGACCGAGGGCUCAAGCUGGAGACACAUGAGGAAGCCUCUGUCAAGAUGCUGCCCACCUACGUGCGCUCCACCCCCGAGGGCUCGGAGGUGGGAGAUUUCCUGUCGCUGGACCUGGGCGGCACCAACUUCCGCGUGAUGCUGGUGAAGGUGGGCGAGGGGGAGGAGGGCCAGUGGAAGGUGAAGACGAAGCACCAGAUGUAUUCCAUCCCGGAGGAUGCCAUGACUGGCACGGCUGAGAUGCUCUUUGACUACAUCUCCGAGUGCAUCUCUGAUUUCCUGGACAAGCACCAGAUGAAGCACAAAAAGCUGCCCCUGGGCUUCACCUUCUCCUUCCCUGUGCGGCACGAGGACAUCGACAAGGGCAUCCUCCUGAACUGGACCAAGGGCUUCAAAGCCUCCGGCGCGGAGGGGAACAACGUGGUGGGGCUGCUGAGGGAUGCCAUCAAACGGCGAGGGGACUUUGAGAUGGACGUGGUGGCGAUGGUGAACGACACGGUGGCCACGAUGAUCUCCUGCUACUACGAAGAUCACCGGUGCGAGGUUGGGAUGAUUGUGGGGACGGGCUGUAACGCCUGCUACAUGGAGGAGAUGCACAACGUGGAGCUGGUGGAGGGCGACGAGGGGCGGAUGUGCGUGAACACGGAGUGGGGGGCCUUUGGAGCCUCCGGGGAGCUGGACGAGUUCCUCCUGGAGUACGACCGCGUGGUGGACGAGACCUCACUUAACCCCGGUCAGCAACUGUACGAGAAGAUCAUCGGGGGGAAGUACAUGGGGGAGAUCGUGCGGCUGGUGCUGCUGAAGCUGGUGGACGAGAACCUGCUCUUCAAUGGGGAGGCCUCUGAGAAGCUCAAGACUCGCGGGACCUUUGAGACCCGCUUCAUGUCCCAGAUUGAGAGCGAUUCCGACGACCGCAAGCAGAUCUACAACAUCCUGUCGGCCUUCGAGCUGCUGCCGUCGCGGACGGACUGCGAGAUCGUGCGCCGCGUGUGCGAGAGCGUGUCCACGCGCGCGGCCCAGAUGUGCUCGGCCGGGCUGGCCGGCGUCAUCAACCGCAUGCGCGAGAGCCGCAGCCAGGACACGCUCAAGAUCACCGUGGGCGUCGACGGCUCUGUCUACAAGCUCCAUCCCAGCUUCAAGGACCACUUCCACGCCACGGUGCGGCAGCUGACGCCCGGCUGCGACAUCACCUUCAUCCAGUCCGAGGAAGGCAGCGGGCGCGGGGCCGCCCUCAUCUCGGCCGUGGCCUGCAAGAUGGCCUGCAUGAUGGGGCAGUGAGCUGGACUCGGGGGACGGCGGGGCCGGCGCGCCUCUCGGAGCGGACACGGACGCGGCUGCGGCCCCCCAAUAAACGGGGUGUGUGUGGA